AAUUUUUAGUUGUUAUUGUCACUUGUUUGUUUUGCAAAUUUGCAAUUGCAAUUUGCAAAUUGCUACUUGUGAUUACGAAGUUAAUGUAUUAAUUUAAUAUAAUAAUUUAAAUAAAAACUUAAAUAUAUUUGUGGCGUCUUUAUUCUAAUUUCUAAAUUCUAUACUUGUUGUUGUCUAAAGUCUGGUAGUUUCAGUGUUUCAUUUUUUAUAGUUCCAAUAGCAAUUUUUCUUGAUGGGUGUGCGCGGCUUAACAACAUAUAUAAAUAACAAACGAGAUUUGUAUCUCAAAAAGUAUCAUUUACAUGAUACCAACCUGGUUAUUGAUGGCCAUAAUUUGUGUGCCCAGCUGUUUAAAGAUUUGAACACUUUUUCAGCGUUUGGAGGCGAUUAUGACAAGAUUGCGUCAUAUACGAAGACUUUUUUUAAGAAUCUGCGAAAAUGCAAUGUGACCCCAUAUGUUGUAUUUGAUGGUUGCCACGAGAGAAGGAAGUUGAGGACGGUGCUCAGUCGCCUUAGAUCCAAAUUAAAAGGAACUGUUCUGUUGGAUCCAGUUACACAAGACUCCCUGAAGAUCUUCCCUUAUAUGCUGAGAGACAUUUUUAGAGAGGUGCUUAUAGAAAUGGAAAUUUCCUAUACUAUAUGUGAGUUUGAAGCUGACGAUGAGAUUGCUGCUCUAGCACGUCACUUAAACUGCCCAGUACUGAGCUAUGAUUCUGAUUUCUUCAUUUACAAUGUUCUAUACAUCCCAUUUAACAUGUUAGAAGCUAAACCAAUUCAAGUCGUAGUGGAUGGUGUAAAGAUUUUUGCAAUGGAAUGUAAGUUAUACAAAUUACAACACUUGUGUCAACAUUCUGGCCUACAAGAGGAAGUCUUGCCUUUACUAGCAACUCUGCUCGGGAAUGAUUUUGUAGAGAAGCAGGUCUUUAGUAAAUUUUUCAGUCAAUUGAAAUUGCCUAAAACUAAGAAAAAACUAAAUGAAGAACAGAGAAGUAUACAUGCUUUGCUCAACUGGUUGAAAAAUGAAACAUUAGACUCUGCAAUAACCAAAAUCUUAGACAGGUUUAAGGGAAGUCAGAAAAAUAAGAUUCGCACAAUAAUAAAAAAGAGUAUUGAUGGAUAUUAUUCAAAUGACUGUAAUUCAAUUAAAUAUUUCAAUCUACAGACUCAUAAUGAAGUUACAAAAUAUGAUUUUAAAAUGCCUGAAACUGAUGAAGACGGUGGAACUGCUGAUGAUGAUUUAGAUGAUGAAAGAGAUGCUGCAAGCUUUUCUGAUGCAGGUAGCUCUCAAGAAGACGAACUCAAUGUACAGGAAAUCACAAAACAUGCUUGUAACACUUUACCUGAUUGGUUUUCUGACAAAAUUCGUAAAAAUCUUGUACCAACUUCAUAUUUAAAUUUGUAUGCACAUCAUUUGCAUGUUUGUAAUCCACAAGCAGAAGAUUUCACCAAUGAGGAUUCUUUUCUCAAUGUUUUACCUAUUUUACGAUAUGCUUUUGACAUUUUGACAGAUUUUUGUCAUGACAAUUGUCUGUAUUAUAGCAGAGAAAGCAGCAGGUACACUAAAUUAUUAGUUGGUAGAGAAUACUCUGUUGAAAGACCUCUUGAUAUGUCUUAUGAACAACUCACAAAUGUGCAGUUGAAGCAAUAUUUUAACAAUUUUCUUGAUAUCAAACUCCAGAAUUUGAAUUAUGCUCUGAUAGAGCAGUUGCCAUCAAAUUUUCAACUUUUUAUGAUAUCAAUUCUUUGGUGGAUUUCUAAUUGUCAUGUACCAGAAGCACACGUUCAUAGCUUAUUCAUGUCAUACAUUAUGUUACAAGUGAUUGAUGAAAAAACUGGUACUGCACGUGGUCACUUUCACUUUAAUAACAGACAUGCAAUCAAACUUCAAGUGUUGAGACAAGAUGCAGCAGAAAGUAUAGAAAUAAAUGAGUUAUAUUUGAAUAGAAACAAAGUACAGUACGAAGAUUGUGUGUUAGCUGCCAGUGUACUUCUAAAACAUUUUGAUAUAGAUGCUAGUAUACUUAAAAAGCCUAAAAGUUAUGAUAUUCAGAAAAUACAUUCGUUCGCCCAAUUCCAAUGUGCAUUACAGCAAAUUAAUGCAUUAAACACCUUAUGUACUUCACCAUAUGAAAGUACAAUUUGCUAUAAAAGUUACAGUGGCACGUUUAUAUAUAAUAUUGCAUUACAGUUGGAAAAUCAGUCUGACCCUGAAGCGUUUCUGGAACAGUAUAUUAAAGGUUCUACUACUGUAUUAAUGUUUUAUAAAAGUAUUUGUAAAGUUUAUAAGGAGCUGGUGAAAGAAAUGAAUAUACAAACAGAGCAAUCUCAGUCUCGGAAACGAAAAAGGGGCCGUUGGAAUACAUAAUAGCCAGCAAUACUGGUAAACUAUCAGUAAUUUAAACUGUCAGCACAUAGACCUCAUGUUGAAUUUCUUAAGGGCAGGUCUGCUGAGGUCAGAGAGCUAAUCGGUCCUUAAGUACUAUUCCACCUGUUGUCCAAGGUAUGAGAUAUGUUUACUGUUGUCAUAACAUGUGUUCCUAGGCAUAGCUGGGCAUUAACUCGUUAAUCCGUUAAUCGUUAAUUAACGAAGUUAACAUUUUGAUUAACGGAUUAACUUUUAAGUUAACUUUUAAAAAUGUUAACGGACCCGUUAACUUCCGUUAAUAUGCAUAAGUCCGUUAAUCGUUAAUCUAAUGCCUACUAUUUACCGCGCGACGUUAUUAACACGUGAUUAACACGUUUGAUGGUUUAGACAAGUAAGAAAUUAUGAAAGAUUUUUUUUCAAAGAAAUCAACAAAUUGUAUAUUUAUGUUAAAUUUAUAGAUAAAAUCAAGUUAAAGCAAAUUAUGGCAUUUUUCCCCAGUGCUCACCUUUAUUUUUCCAAUGGGGAUCUCACACAAUGAUAUUAACCAGUCAUAUUAACGGAUUAACGAUUAACGUUAACUUGCGUUAAUUCUUCCGGAAUGUAACUCUUUAACAUUUAACGAAGCUAACUUUUUUUGUAGCGGAUUAACGAUUAACGAAGUUAACUAUUUGAUUAACGGUGCCCAGCUAUGUUCCUAGGGUUGCCAACCGUACUACGUACAAUGCUAUACUUAAAUUGUGUACGUCAACAUACAUAUGUGUAUAAUUGUAUAGUAUUGUACUAUAUUUCGGGUCUGUGUACUGUUGAAGAAAUACAUACAUAUACGUAUAGUAAGCAAAAAUACUAAAUUUUCUUACAUUUAUUUUCGACAGAAUAAAUAUCGUGUAGCGUAUCUGAUCAUCUAUCAACAAUAAGAUAGAUUCUAUCUUAUUGUUGGUGUUCAUUAAUUUAAAUGUUUUAUGUGUUUGUUUUUAAUGUUUCACUUAAAUAUGAAAAAAAUACUAUAUUUUUGUUAAAAAAUAUAUGCAAUUAUUGUGUACCCCUCAUAUUUUUUUUUGUUUAGUUAGAUCCGUUAGUGAUUGGUCGCUAUAAACUAAGUUUUUGGUAGUAGUAGUCUUGGCGGCAGACAACGACAGUCGACUGCAGUCGGCGACGUCACGGCGGCAGACAACGGCGGCGGUCGACGCCGGUCGACCGCCGCCCUUUGUUGCCGCAGCGACGUCGUCGACUGCGGUCGUCGGUAGCAGUUGCCGCUCGUGUAAAUGAACCCUAAUUAAUAUACAUUGGUUAUUACUGUUCACCACACAACACUUUCACAGUGCAUCUUAGCCUCGUCUUACCAGGCGUUAAUAGUAAUUUGGCAAGACUGUUUGCGUGCUCUAGCAGUCGGCUUUUGUGUUUUAAGGCGUUUUUUGUUAUUUCUUCUUUGACUGUCGGCAUUUCAAGAUAUUCAUGUGUCUGCUGUUUUGGUGAACCAAUAGGUUCUGGUUCUGGUAUUAAAUUCUCUUCUUAUAUCAACCUGUAGUUUUUUUUGGAUCUAACUCGUUACAAGCCUAAAGCCUAGUUCGGACUACUUUAGCAUAUUAGUCGAGUAGCGUACUAAACUACUUGCUACUGCCCAAAAAUCGUUUCCUACUUUGUUUGAGUAUAGUUCACAAAUAAGUGGUGGUUAGCAAGAUAAACAACCUACAACGCAAUAUAAGUGAAUAAACUGAUUAAGCUGAAUAAAAUGGUUUUAAUAGAAGAAGUGGCUGAGGAAAGGGGAACGCUCAUCCCCGGCCCAGGCCUACCCUAACCACCCGGCAAUUUGCUUAUAUCUAAAAAAAUCUUUAUAAUUCUACUUUAAUAAUUAAAUCAUUACUAUAACAAAAUAAGUUUGCUACAACGUUUUACGACAUUUUUAAUUCAUCUUUAAUUUGUCCACUAUGGGGACAAGCUAGGAUCGUUGACCAUACAGCCUGACUUAAAAUUGGUUUGUUUGUUCGUUUUCUUGUUUAUUAAGCUUGUUGGUAACAGAAAAUAAUACAGCUUCAAAUGUUACUUCGCCGCUUUGGUCCACCAGGGAACAUUUUGCCCUAGAAAUAAAAAUAGUAGAUUUUUAUACAAGGGGCUAUAAAAACCCAUUUCAAACGAGGUUUUUAGGCCUAAAUAGAAACCGAGUGUAUAAUGGGUUUAGCCCCGCGUGUUACACAAUAUUUUUCACUACGAUUGCGAGAAAAUAAAAUAACUCGGUACAGUA